GUUUGUAACGCAAGCGUUAGGAUCUUUCUCAAAUUUCGUUUUAAAAUGGCAGAGAGUUCGCAAACAAGUGGAAUCGACGAGCAGCUUUUCGGCGCCAAAGACGAACACAGCCGAGAAUCGACGCCAAAAACGAAGAGUGGAAAAGAGGCAACAAAAACACAACCUAAAGGACAUUUGGAGAGCGAGUUUAAAGGUCAGGAAAGUUCUUAUUUUGCUUCUGACAAAAAAAAUAGCGUUGAUAAUUCUGAGAUGAAAAUGGCAGGAAAACGCGAAAUCGUUGAGGGGAAAGAGGCAGACGAAACGGCGACCGGUUUAGAAGAAAGCACCUCACAGGACAGCGAGAAAAUCGCAACGACAGAAGAAACAGCUAAAGAAAAUACGAACAAAGAAAGCCAAGGUGAACAGGACACUCAAAUAACUCAAGACUUAAAGAGCAAUGAAAAACAAACCUUCAAACCCGAUCAAGCCAACAGCAGCAAGAAAGGGAGAUUGAGUUUUCGCCGUUCUAAGAAAGGGAAAAUUUCCAAACGCAAAACCUCCCUCGAAGAAGAAAAACGUGUUGAAAUUUUGAAAUGUGAAACUAUCGAAGAGGAUCCGAAGAUCGUCGAGGAGAGGGCGAAAGAGAUUUGUGACGAACCAGCGGAUAAAGCUAACGAAGCGAAAUUCGAGACUGUUGAAAGUACGAUGAAGAUUGAAAACAAAGAACCGUUUACUUCUCCCGAGGGAGUCCAAGACGACAAGUCCACAGCGACGGACAACAAAGGCUUGAAUAUGAAGCAAUUUCCAAGUUUCCGUCGAACCACAAAAGGCAAAUAUACUUUCAGUCAAAGCGUUUACACUGACGCAUGCGACGGCCAUAGGCAACCAUCUGAAAAAUUCGAGAGCUCUGAAGAUCCUCAGAAGAUGGCCAUAGAAGAGACUUCGUCGAAGAUACCUGUUGUCGCUAACAAAGGUGAAUCGAAUGAGCAAGAAGAUGAGAAAGAAGAAACAGUUGACCUUGCGAAGAAAGAGACCAGCAAGCAGAAGAAAAAAGUGACGGUUCUAAGCUUCAAGCGUAACAAACCCAGUCUGAAAAAACCAAAAGGAAAAUCAAUUAAAAAAGAUGAGGGAAACAAUAGUGAAAUCAACCCGAGCACCAACAUCGAUGUGGGCAAAGAAACUGAUGACAUAAGCGUUAUGGAUGGUGAUGCACUGCGCAAGCAAGCUGACUUUAAAGAAAAAAGUCCAGGCAAUGGAGAAGAACACAAAUUGAUUGCAAUGGAAGACGAACAGGCAACAGCAGAGGAGAAAUCGGGCUCUGUUGAAGAGAAACAGGGCGAUUCUCUCGAAGAAGAAAAGAACAGCACAGAAAAGGAAGACGAUUCCGCCAAGGCGCAUGAAGCGACAAGACAACUUUCACUCAAGAAGAAGAAGAAGGAAAAUAUUUUGCGUCGUUCAUUCAGGAAGUUUACGAAUCCAAGUUCUGCUCUACAAGGGAAGAAAAAAUCGAAAGGGGAUGAAAAAACUGCCAACGCAGAUAUGGGAGUAACAAAGAAGAUAGACGAAGAGGACAAGAGUGAAAGUUCUGGAUUGGAGGAAAGCGUUGAUGUACAAAGUGUCGCCCGAAAAGAAAAUGAAGAAAAGUUGACCGAAUGCGAAGAAAAUUCUAAGGCAGUGAAGAGAAAGAAGGAGUUAACAGACAGCAAUCGAGAGUUGAAGAAGCAGAAAGAAGAUGAUGAAACUGAGAUCCAAGACAAAGAUGCGCUCGGAGAAACAGCUGGUGCUGUUGUUGUUGAAUUAAAGCAAGACACAAAAACAACCGACGCGAAAUCAAACGUGGUGGACGAUUUGGAAAAUGUGACAACAAAAGAGCUUGAUCAAAAGAAAGAAAAGAACGCUGGUCAGCUGAAUUGUAAAGAGAACAACGAGUUGUCGCCACAAGAAAACAAUACCAACGAACAGAAGGAAGUGAAAGCUGAAGUUGAAAUUCCAGAAGAGACUUUGGUGCGCAAGGACAAACAAAUAGAAACAUCCGCUAAAGCUGAAGGAGGGCAUGUUGUCGAAGUACGAGUUGUUAUUGACGAGCAGGCCAAGAAAGAUAAACAAGCAACUCACGAGGAAGAAAGCAAGGGCAGUAGCGACGAUGGAAAUACCUUCACCGAAAUCCAAGGUUUCACCGGAAUCCAAAGGCAGAUGAGUGAAACGAGAUCUGAAGGUCGUCACCGCCAUCUUGACGGAUACGAUUCGGAUCUUACAGUAGUGACUGCUUUGGCUUAUCCGUUUACCGAAGACGAUGAAUUAUCGGAAAGCGACACAUCGGGAACCGAUGCCAAUACCGAAGAUGACGAAACGCAAGCCAUUGCCGAAGUACAUGUUAUUCCUCCGGAAACUAAGACAUCGCGUGUAGACGAGGCACUAGAAAACACAAAUACCGACCCCGAUACCGAAGACGAAGAAGUACGAGUCAUUAACGAAGGAGUAUCGUCCGACAAAGGGGUACUACGAGACGGAAACGAAGGCAGUGAGAAACUAGUUAUUGAGCGCGAACAUGAAGCGAUAACUCCUACCCAAAGCAAUGAGUUGGAACGUACAUUGACGCCAGAGGAAGAGCGCGCUCUAAACGAAGAUAAAAGAUCAAAGAACGGAAGUGCUGUGCAGAGUUUACAAAGUUCAUGUCAGAAUCCUGCAGAAGAAUGGAUCAUGGUACAUCGGCUCGACAUCACUGAAGAGAUCGCAAGGCGUCUGAUGACCGUGCUCACUCCAAUUUGUAGGCUGAGGAGGAAUGCAGCUUGCUGUACGGUCAUGUGACUGUGUUGAGAACUGCUACGUAGCGUGCAAUUGUUGAAAAAAUAUCCGUUAGUCAGCAAUUAGGUUUGAAUGCCGCAAAAACGAACUAACUGCUUUCUGGAGUCACUGAGAGGGCGCUUCAAAAUACAUCAACAAGUCUAAAGACUUAGACAUUAAGUGAUGAUAUUUCGAGUGGAAUAAGAGUGCAAAAAAGUCGGAAAAAAAAAAAAAACCUUGCAAAGAGACAAAAAAAAAAGGAACGUGGAUUGUGCCUAAACUCAUAAGUACGUUUUGUAUGCGAAUAUUAAGUUUACCUCGUAAAGAUGAAAAUAUCAAAUGAAAAAAAAAAACAUUUUCGCGUUGGGAGAUAUAUUAGAGUUAGACAUUUAAAUACACGGAAUCAAGAAAUAUUUAUUGUAAAAUUAUUUAAUAUUGAGGUUGUAUAAUUAUUUUCUUUUUCGCUUUAAUUGCAUACGAGCAGGAAAAAAAAUUAAGUGUAUGGCAUAUUCUCAAGCUGGUUCAAUCCAGUAACAACCCAGUGCUUUGUUUUGUCGGAAAUAUGUAAAUUAAAUUUCAAAAGUGUUCAAACAACUUUCUCAAAGCUUA